AUGGGUAAUAGUAGCAUGGAGGAGCUGCAGAUAUCCCCGGCCGAUUCCCGGGCGAGUCCAGGUAAAGAACAGCAGGCUGCUGGAGUUGGAAUUCUUCUUCAGAUCAUGAUGCUAGUGCUCUCUUUCGUUCUUGGCCACGUCCUUCGGCGUCACCGUUUCUAUUACCUUCCGGAAGCCAGUGCAUCCCUAUUGAUUGGUUUGAUCGUUGGGGUAUUGGCUAAUAUCUCAGAUACUGAAACCAACAUCAGGGCAUGGUUUAACUUCCACGAGGAAUUCUUCUUCUUGUUUCUCAUUUUGAUGUUGGCAACUCCAUUUUUACAGCCAAAACCAUUUUUUUCAAACUUUGGAGCCAUCGUCACCUUUGCUAUUGUAGGGACCUUUGUUGCUUCCAUGGUUACUGGGAUUCUAGUCUACCUUGGUGGUUUAAUUUAUCUUAUGUACCGACUACCAUUUGUUGAAUGCCUGAUGUUUGGUGCUCUCAUAUCUGCAACUGAUCCUGUCACUGUUCUUUCAAUAUUUCAGGAGCUUGGCACUGACAUGAAUCUUUAUGCUCUGGUCUUUGGGGAGUCUGUUUUGAAUGAUGCGAUGGCGAUCUCGUUGUACAGGACUAUGUCAUUAGUAAGAAGCCAUAUUUCUUCUGAGCAGAACUUCUUCAUGGUCAUAGUCAGAUUUCUUGAAACCUUUGUUGGCUCUAUGUCGUCAGAUCCGGUGAAACAAUUUGUUGAUAACCCCCCUUUGAUGUUUUGUAGUCUUCAAAACUUGGAAUGCUGUCUAUUUGUCCUCUUCCCCUAUUUCUCUUACAUGCUAGCAGAAGGACUUGGACUCUCUGGCAUUGUGUCGAUACUGUUCACUGGAAUCGUUAUGAAGCACUAUACAUUCUCAAACUUGUCUGACAAUUCACAGCGAUUUGUCUCGGCCUUUUUCCACCUGAUCUCUUCAUUGGCUGAGACAUUUGUAUUUAUAUACAUGGGAUUUGAUAUUGCAAUGGAACAACAUAGCUGGUCACAUGUUGGAUUUAUAUUUUUCUCAAUUUUAUUCAUAGUAAUCGCAAGAGCUGCCAACGUGUUUGGCUGUGCAUAUUUGAUAAAUUUGGUUAGGCCAACACAUCGCAAAAUUCCAUUUAAACAUCAAAAGGCACUAUGGUACAGUGGGCUUCGAGGUGCUAUGGCCUUUGCACUUGCUUUGCAAUCAGUUCAUGAUCUUCCAGAAGGUCAUGGUCAGACAAUAUUUACUGCUACCACUGCCAUUGUUGUUUUAACGGUCCUGCUGAUAGGAGGAUCAACAGGAACAAUGUUGGAAGCUCUCCAGGUUGUAGGCGAUGGACAUGAUGUGUCGUUUGGGGAUAUUCAGAGCUUUGAGGGGAACAAUGGCUAUGUUGCUCCAUUAUAUGAAGGGGAAUCGUCCUCAGGAAAUAGGCUGAAAAUGAAGCUGAAGGAGUUUCACAAAAGCACUGCAUCAUUUUCGGCAUUGGAUAGGAACUACCUCACUCCGUUCUUCACUACUCAAGGUGGAGAUGAGGACGAACACGAUGAACCAAUGAUUAGUUCCAGAAGAGGAGAAUAUAACGGCCAUGACUGA